AUGGACACCUCACGGGCUCUGCUGCUCUUCCUGCUCCUGGCCUCCCGAGGAGGGGUCCUCACCCACGGAGCCUCUUCUGGAGUUCAGCAAACCAAUUUCUCCCUGGACUCAGAAAGCUCUUCCCAUGGCCCAGGUUCAAAAGUCUCCUCCAUCAAACCCCCCAGCUGGAAAUUUCCAGAUCAGUCUCCAGGUACAAAAAGCACUGCUGCUGUCCCUCAUUCCAAAUGGUUUCCUGAGGCCUCGAAUUUUAGCGAUGUGCCCAGGUCCGUCUGGCCAAAUGUUUCUGCUGAGGGCCAAAAGCUGAGCCUGGAUCCUACCUUCUCUGAAAUCCCGGAUUCCGAAGUAUUUUCUGAUGUCUUGGGUUCUCAAGUUCCUGCCAAAGACUCGGAGCCCUCCUCCUCUGUUAAGACCCCAGCUUCAAACAUUUCAGCUCAAGUCCCAGAUCCUGAGGUAUCUGUUGAGACCCCAGGUUCAAAAUUCUCCCCUGAGGAUCAGGAUCUUGACAUCUCUGCCCAGAACCCCGAGUCCAAAGUCAUCGCAGCAGCUCACCCAGAGGAAAGCCUCCCCCAGCAAGUGGGGAGGCCUCUCUCGGUGCUAGUGGGGACCACCAUCUGGCUCCCUCUAGUUCCGGUUCCCAGCCCCAGCCCUCCUGCUCCUCUGGUUGUCUGGCGCCGAGGCUCCAAGGUGCUGGCAGCUGGAGGCCUGGGGCCAGGGUCCCCCCUGAUCAGCUUGGACCCUGCUCACCGAGACCGCUUACGAUUUGACCAGGCCCAAGGGGGGCUGGAACUUGCCUCUGCCCGGCUGGAGGAUGCUGGGGUCUACACUGCUGAGGUUAUCCGGGCUGGGGUCUCCCGGCAGAUUCGGGAGUUCACGGUGGGUGUGUAUGAGCCGCUGCCCCCGCUGUCGGUGCAGCCCAAGACCCCCGAGACAGAGGAGGGGGCGGCCGAGCUCCGGCUGCGCUGCCUGGGGUGGGGGCCGGGUCGCGGGGAGCUGAGCUGGAGCCGGGACGGACGCACCCUCGAGGCAACGGACCCUGAGGGAGCUGAGCCACCCCGGAUCCGCACAGAGGGCGACCAGCUGCUCAUCAUGCGCCCUGUGCGCAGCGACCAGGCCCGGUACACUUGUCGCGUCCGCAGCCCCUUCGGCCACACGGAGGCUGCGGCUGACGUCAGUGUUUUCUACGGCCCGGAUGCACCGGUCAUCAAGGUCUCCUCGGACCGCGACGCCGCCCCCGCCCUCUAUGUCACCGCGGGCAGCAACGUGACCCUGCGCUGCACCGCCGCCUCGCGGCCGCCCGCCAACAUCGCGUGGAGCCUGGCCGACCCGGCCGAGGCAGCGGUGCCCGCCGGCCCGCGUCUCCUGCUGCCCGCCGUCGGGCCGGGCCACGCCGGCACCUACGCCUGCCUCGCUGCGAACCCGCACACCGGUCACCGCCGCCGCUCUCUGCUCAACCUCACGGUGGCGGAGCUGCCUCCCGGGUCCCCACAGUGCUCAGUCGAAGGCGGCCCGGGGGAUCGCAGCCUCCGCUUCCGCUGCGCAUGGCCCGGCGGGGUCCCUGCCGCCUCUCUGCAGUUCCAGGGCCUCCCUGAAGGCGUCCGCGCGGGGCCGGUGCCCUCUGAGCUCCAGGCGGCUGUCCCCGCCCACCCCCGACUCAGCGGCGUCCCCGUCACCUGCCUCGCUCGCCACCUGGUGACCACGCGCACCUGCACUGUCACCCCGGAGACCCCUCGGGAGGUGCUGCUGCUUCCCACAGUGGAGGAAACACGGUCAGGGGAGACAGAGGUGACGCUGGAGGCCACUGGCUGUCCUCCCCCAUCGAGAGCAUUUUGGGCCCGGGAAGGGCGGCCCGUGGCCCCAGGCGGUGGAGGUCGCCUGCGGCUCAGCCAAGAUGGGCGCAGGCUCCUCAUUAGCAACUUCAGUCUGAAUUGGGACCUGGGAAAUUACUCCGUGUUGUGCAGUGGGGCUCUGGGUGCUGGGGGCAACCUGAUCACGCUCAUUGGACCUUCCAUCUCCUCAUGGAGGCUGCAGAGAGCCCAGGAUGCCGCAGUGCUGACUUGGGAUGUGGAACAUGGGGCCCUGAUCAGUGGUUUUGAGAUCCAGGCACGGCCAGAGGGCCCUGACCUGGGUAGAGCCACUACCUACAAGGACUGGAUCUCCCUACUCCUCCUGGGGCCUCAGGAGCGGUCAGCUGUGGUGCCCCUUCCUCGUCGGAACCCCGGGACCUGGGCCUUCCGUAUCCUGCCCACCCUGGGGGGCCAGCCAGGGACCCCAUCACAAAGCCGAGUCUACCAGGCCAGUCCCACCCUGGGCUCUGGGGCCAUUGCUGGCAUCAUCCUGGGCUCCCUACUGGGCCUGGCGCUCCUGGCAGCACUUCUCUACCUGUGUAUCUGCUGCCUGUGCAGCCUCAGGGGAGACUCUCUUAAAAAGAAGCAUCGUCCCUCCUCCUUGACCCCUGUGGUUCCCCCGCUGGAAAAAAAGAUGCAGAGCGUAACCCCAGUGCAGACCUCACAGCCUCUGCCCCUCAAAGUCCCGCUGGAGGACCCUAGCCCAAACAGGGCCCACCAAGCCACUGGCCCCAGUCCGGUCAUCUCUACUGGUGGGGGCCCAAGGACUGUUCGGGCAGCCACACAGGUGUGACUAGGGCCCGCUCUGCGCAGGAUUUUUUUUUUUUUUUUGGUAGGACCUCCCAUUUCCCCCCAACAGCAGGCAGGGCCUUCCUGUCCUGCUGUGACUGAAGACUGGCCCCUGAAUGUGAGACUCCCUGUCUCCCUCUCAGCGCAGAAGACUCUACUUGUAUUUGUGCAACGAAGGAGCUGUGGCUUCUGGGUUGGGGGAGACUCCUGCUGAUCUACCCGUGUGGUUUGCAAAACCUCCAGGCAGGCAGGACCUGCAGGCUCGGUGGUGGACAGGCCGGUGGACAGGCCGGGCUUGUCCUGUGCUGCUCCAAGCCCCGGGGAGGCGGCGGGGGGCGGGGGGGCAGCUUCUUUCUCUCAGAAGGUCUUCCUACAUCCGCUUGUCUCCUCCAGGCCAUGCCCCAUCCCCCAGCUCCCAGCAUCUGCAGCUUAAAAUAGCUCAGACCACGUCCUCUCCUCUUUAAACCCUUCUGGGGAUGCCCAUUGCUCUUAAGAUAUUGUGCCGACUCCUCACUAUGAUUUUCAGAGCCCUGUGGUUUGACUUCUGUUGACCUCUGACCUCCCCUUCCGGGGAGGCUCUGUUUUGCCUCCAGGGCUUUGCCCCAGCGUUUGCUUUGCCUGGAACGCCACUCUUUGCUCCAGGUUAUUCACUUCUCAAGUAUAAUGGUAAUUGAGCUACGAUGAUUUAUAGGAAAUGUAUAUUUGGUCAUUCAGAUGACCAAAAUAUGUUUCUCAGAUAUCUUUGACCUUGCUCGAUCCACAGUUCUUGAAAACAAUUCAGAGCCAUAGAGGUGAAAUGGGUGUCUUGUUAUUAGUGAGGGUGACUUUCGGAUCCCACCCAAAGGCGGGGCUGGUGGCCUGGAGGACCAAACCUGUGAUUAGAGGACUGGAACUUUCCCAAACCCCUCCCUGCCCCCCCUUUCCAGGAGGGGGAGGGAAUGGAGGUUGAGUCAGCCAGUGGCCAGUGACUUGGUCAAUCAUGACGAUAUAAUGAAGCCUCCAUAAAAACCCAUUUCUGGAGAGCUACCAGCCGCUGGAACCAGACUCUUCCCCUGUACCACUGAGCUGGGCCCCAAGCUCCACAAGGACAGACGUUCCUUUGUUUGGGAGCUUGCGCCGUGUAUCUCUUCAUCUGGUUGUUGAUUCAUAUCCUUCCUCAUAUCCUUUAAUAAACUGG